ACUUCACUGACCUACAAUUUAUGUGUCCCACUCCCCACAACGAAUGGAUUGGUAGUUCACAACAACGCGUUGAAAACGAGCUCUGGAGCUCUGGUUUAUUUGAUUGAAUUUGUUUUUUGUUAUUUUUUUCCGUUCAGUUAGGUAUUUCCAAUUUCUACUGGUCCUCCUUGACUGUCUCCUUAAUCCUGCUUUGGCUUCUAGGCUGUCAGCAAAUUUGGCUCAAUUCUUAUCUACUAUUUUCGGCCUCAGAGUAGCCACACAUUUCUUCUGAGGUCCAUCUUUGCAAGAACUAUUCCGUUGAGAAUUUGGCAAUAUAUUCGUCUUCUGAUUAAGAAUGGAGGUAAAUUUUUGCUGUUGCAAAAUGAAAGCAUUGCUGCACAACACUGUAUGCAGAGAGCAGUUGCUUAGUGCAGAGCGACUGUUUGUUCCAGCGUCUUAUUUUACUUUUUUCCGGUUUCGGAUUGGCUUAAGCGGUUGUGGAUGGUGAGCUUUAGCGACUAAAAGCGGUUUUGGCAGAUAAAUUAUAGGUAAUUGUUCCGGUAAUAUUUCCGGUUCAAUUGUAGAGAUUUUGAGCGUAUUUUCAAAUUUCCAGUUCAAGCUUUAAAUUCCGGCAUAAAUUGUUUGCUUUCAAGUAAAUUCACGCUCGGUAAUGUUUCCGGUUCAAUUGUAGAGAUAUUGAGCGUAUUUUCAAAUUUCCAGUUCAAAUUAUCAAAUUCUGGCAUAAAUUGUAUGCUUACCAGAAAAUCCAUGCUCGGAAAUACAGCUGAAUAGCCUGUGGAUUAUGAUUGAGAGGUAAAGAAAAAAUAUAUUUAUGUUAGUGAGGAUAGGCCUUGCGGCCACUGUAUCAGUUGCAGCUUACACAUUUCAGCGGUUCCAAAGCAAGAAACAGAGUAAAGUUACAUCUGCUGAGUCAGGGCACGGAGAUGGGAACAAACAUCAAAAUGAGCACGAGAAAGAAUUAUGUGCAUAUGCUGAUGUUGAUUCAACACAGGAAGAGCAAGAGGAAGAAGAGGAAGUCAAAAGAGUUAAUCAUGUUAUGAGUCCUACUAUGAGUUGUAAGAGCUUUUCCGAUGGAGAACAAAUUCUCUUGCCUGAAUUUGAAGACCUCUUCUCAAGCAGUUUGGAGUUUCAAUCAGAAGAGGGAAGUCUUCCGAGGCGGAUAUCUGAGAAAGAUAGCUUAUCAAAAUUAUCAUAUGAAGCUACAAUGGAGAGUAACUCGGUUGAGCUUGAGAGAUUAAGGAAUCUGGUCAAGGAGUUGGAAGAAAGGGAAGUAAAGCUUGAAGGAGAAUUGCUUGAAUAUUAUGGUAUGAGAGAGCAGCAAACGAGCAUUGGAGAGCUGCAAAGACAGCUUCAAAUAAAAGUAGUGGAAAUUGACAUGCUCAAGCUCAGAAUUAAUUCUUUGGAAACCCAAAAGAAGAAAAUGGAAGAAGAAGUAGCUAUUGCCGCAACAAAAAAGGAGCUUGAGGUGGCUAGGACAAGAAUCAAAGAGCUUCAGAAGCAGAUUCAAAUGGAUUCUGGACAAACAAAAGAACAGCUUCUUAUGCUCAAGCAACAAGUUGCUAGCCUUCAAGCAAAAGAGAAGGAAGCAUCUAAAAAGGAUUUUGGCAUUGAGAAGAAACUACAUCAUCUGAAAGAAUUGGAUGUGGAAGUGGUGGAAUUAAGGAGGGCCAAUAAAGAGUUGCAACAUGAGAAACGGGAGCUGACAGUGAAAUUAGAUGCCUGCGAGGCAAAGAUUGCUACACUUUCCAAGAUGACAGAGAGUGAGAUUGUUGCAAAAGAAAGAGAGGAGACCAACAGUUUGAGGCACAUGAAUGCAGACCUAUUGAAACAAGUUGAAGGGCUGCAAGUGAAUCGAUUUAGCGAAGUGGAAGAAUUGGUUUAUUUGCGUUGGGUUAAUGCAUGCUUACGAUAUGAACUGCGGAACUACCAAGCACCACCUGGGAAAGUGACAGCACGGGACCUCAGUAAAGGCUUGAGUCCCAAGUCACAGGAGAAAGCCAAGCAGCUCAUGUUGCAAUAUGCAGGGCCUGAUCUUCUAUCAUCACGUGAGAAAAAUAGCACAGAAACUGACUUUGAGAGCAUAUCUUCACAACCAUCGACACCUUCUGAGAGUGAUGAUUUUGAUAAUGCAUCUAUUGACAGUUCAUCUAGCAGAUAUAGUAGCUCUAAAAAGUCGAGUUUGAUACAGAAACUGAAAAAGUGGGGAAGAAGUAAGGAUGACUUAACAAUGUCACCUGGUAGUUCAUUUAGUGAGGGAAGAGGAGAUGCAAGUUCUGCAUUCAAGAUGAGCCCGAGUUACAGAAGACAUGCUGCAACAAAAGGUUCACUGGAAGCAUUGUUAUUGAAAAAUUCUAGCGACAAAUUUUCCAUCACCUCAGUAGGUAAAAGGGACCAGGGAACUGGCUUUGGACGAGUAAACUCUAGUUCUUCUAUUGAUUCUCAUGAUAUCAUGACAUCAAUGGUUGAUUCCCCUGAAAGGACAAGUCUUCCACCAAUUAGAACAAAAACUAAUGGAAAUGAUAAUUCCUUUAACAAUGUUGCUGCUUCAUUCCACCUUAUGUCAAAAUCUGUUGGAGGAGUGCUGGAAGACAAAUACCCUGCCUUUAAAGAUAGGCACAAAUUGGCAGUCCAAAGGGAGAAAGCAAUCAAAGAAAAGGCAGAGCAAGCAAGAGCUGAGAAGUUUGCUGGAAAAGUAGAUGUGUCUGGUGGACAAGUUAGUAUUGAGAAGCCUGUAGGAACAUUGGUUCCAAAAAGUACAGCAGAGAAGCCUAUUAGAACACUAGCUCCGAAUACUAUGAUAGAGAAUCCUGUAGCAACAUUAGCACCCAAAACUGCAACAGAAAAGCCUAUAGGAACAUUGGCGACAAGAUUUACCCCAACAAAUGAGCAUUCAAAUGGCCAAUCAAGUGAACAUCCUACUCAACCUCCAGAAAUCAGCAAAAUGAAGCUUGCAGAAGUGCAAAAAAGAUCUCCACGGGUGGCAAAGCCUCCUCCUAAACCAGCAGCUUCUUCUUCUAAUAGUACUCCUGCGAAAGGUCCUACUGGUAUACCUGCACCCCCACCUCGUCCACCACCUCCAUCAGGUGCCCCUGGGGCACGUCCACCUCCACCUCCACCUCCACCUCCAGGGGGCAUGCUAAAAUCACAAGGACCAACAGGAGAAAAAGUUCACAGGGCUCCAGAGCUUGUAGAAUUCUAUCAAUCAUUGAUGAAAAGAGAGGCCAAGAAGGAGGCUGCUACUAUGACAUCUGCAGCACCUAAUGUUGCGGCAGCUCGGAAUAACAUGAUUGGAGAGAUAGAAAAUCGAUCAGCAUUCUUACUUUCUGUCAAAGCUGAUGUGGAAACUCAAGGUGACUUUGUUCAGUCACUAGCCACAGAGGUCCGUGCAGCUGCUUAUACAAAUAUGGAAGACGUUGUGUCAUUUGUGAAUUGGCUGGAUGAAGAACUGUCUUUCCUGGUUGAUGAACGUGCAGUUCUUAAACAUUUUGACUGGCCUGAGAGUAAAGCUGAUGCCCUGAGGGAAGCAGCGUUUGAGUACCAGGACUUAAAGAAGCUAGAAACAGAAGUUACUUCAUUUGUUGAUGAUGCAAAACUUUCAUGUGAUGCUGCUUUGAAAAAGAUGUACUCUCUACUUGAAAAAGUUGAGCAAAGUGUUUAUGCACUUCUUCGUACAAGAGAUAUGGCCAUUGCACGGUACAAAGAGUUCAGUAUUCCCACCAAUUGGCUGCUUGAUUCUGGUGUUGUCGGCAAGAUUAAACUUGCAUCUGUUCAACUGGCAAGAAAAUACAUGAAAAGGGUUGCAUCAGAGCUAGAUAAUACUAUAAAUGUUCAAGAGAAGGAGCCAGUGAGAGAGUUCAUACUUUUGCAAGGUGUACGUUUUGCAUUUCGAGUUCACCAGUUUGCUGGAGGUUUUGAUGCGGAGAGUAUGCGCGCAUUUGAGGAACUUAGAGGCCGUGCCCAUGCAGUUGCACAAGCUGAAAGGACAGAUAGUACGAGUUCAACAAACUAAGACGCUUUCAACAAACUAAGAUGCUUUCUCAGUUUUAUCUUAUACUGAUGACAGCCCAUUGUUAUGCUCUAAACUGGUUUUGCCCUUAUGGUGGUCACCUCACGGAAGUGCAGCGAGGCCUCCCUUCGUAAUAUAUAUGUAAACGUACGUAUACAUUAGUUCAAAGUGCAGCCAUAGUUUUUCAGGUUUCCAUUAGCAGUAUAUCCCCUCAAAAGGAGUCAAGCUCAGAAGGUAGUUGGCAAUUUAAAUGUGCAGUAAGAAAUUUAAUAUCAGCAUAGUAGUAUUAGCACUUUAAAUUGACAGUAUGUAUGAGAGAAGAACACAUCUCAAGUGGCUUGAACUGGAGCCCACCUUUGUAUUUUUAAAAUUUUCAUACUUCAUCUUUGUAAUUUAGUUUUCAAAGUAAUUUUAUGGAAAUCUGAAAUCUCUAGUUUGUAUUUUUUUGCA